GCAUUGACUUUUCUUUUACUACAUAUAGCACAAUUUGGCAGGCGUGCUCGUUUUGCUGUUGUCCCUCUUCCAAUGGCAUCCUCUUCAAGGCUCCCCUCUCGGUCCCGGAAUCAUAACCCUCUCGUUUCUGAGGUAUUCCGCCCAAAGUUACCCCUCGACCCUUUCAGCAAGCUCAAUACCAUCCGGGAGCCAUGGACAUUGAAGAUAGAGACCGUUCUUGCAUGCAUCAGUGAAAUUCGUCGAGAGGUCAUACUUGUGCUCGGUGCUCCUUCUUUGAGGGAUCUGGGUUCCAUAGUGAACUCUCAACAAUUAGCUUCGUCUUUAUUGAUAUUGGCUACUCACCAACCUCCCGUCAUUCCUGCCUCUGUUCGCCCAGCUGUUUGCGUCUUACAUCUCACUACCCCUCUCGCCGUCGAGAGCACGGGGGCCGUGCGCCUCGUCAAUUUGCUCGAAUGUGCUGAGCGCAUUGGACGUAUAUGGAGAAAGCAGGGUGGGUCAGGUGUCCGCGAACUCUCGGAGAGUGAAAAUGGUCUUGAUCCUGUUGCAACCGUCCCCUGCAACCUCUUCCGCGCUACCUUUCCACAGAGUUCCCCACCAUCUCCCCUGUCCUCUCCAGAGAUACUGAGGAGCUCGAACUCAUCAUAUCGCUCAUCUAUAGUCUCGUCACCAAAGAUACUGUCACACAAACACUCCUCUUCGUUUCCGGUUGUGGACCCUAUGCAGCGCCCCUUUGAUGUCAUCCUCAAUUUCUUGCCUCAAAACCUGAGCGACAAGUCUCUUCUGAAGCAGUCGAUUCUGAUUACUACUAUCAGUCGCCCCUACCUUGUUGCUGCUAAACCUGUGUCGCCCAACUUCUCUACCAAAUCCCUGAAUGCCCAAUCGCGUAGGCGUUCAUUGCUCCGAAGAAGUUCAACGUAUACUUCGCCUCCCACCCCAGCUUAUGGAAGUCGAGAUUCACUGUCAACGAGUUUAACAUCAGCCUUCUCUACCCCUUCGUCGUUGAAGGCUCACCUCGUGCACUUGCUUCCUCUCACCGAACAAGCUUCCUUCGCUCAAGAGAAGCUUAUAAACAGUAUGGAAUCUUUUCAGCUCUCUUUCUCUCAGCCUACGUCCAUGGAUGGCUCCCAAUGCGAUGCCCUUGAACGGGCAUCGUCUUUUAUCAUGCCCGUGGGGGCUCUCCGUGAUAUGGUCCACUAUUCUCCUUCGUCGUCGUCUUGGUCGUCGUGCUCUGGGGAUGACGUUGCUGAAUGGUCAAUUGCGGACCUUGUCUUAAGCGGCUCUCUGGACCAACCGAUGAACACGCUCGAAAUGGACCAACCGCAGCGUGCAUGGAUAAGCAGUGCUAUGGACUUUGCCUUUACAUCGUCGGACAGUCGACCCCUUUCAGCUACUUCGCUUACCCAGCCCAGCCCGACGUUUUCUGGUCGUGAGCGCAAGCGCGACAGUGGAGUCAAUUGGAACCCGGCGCAGGUGUAUGAUGAUCGUUCUAUCUUGCGCGUUGCUACACCUCUUCCCACCUCGCCAGAAAAGGUUCAUCGACACUCCGUAGUGCGCAUCUCCAAUGGUCUUCCUACUCCUCCCAACUCGGACGAGUCUGAAAGUGAUA